CGGUGCUCUUCCCCACUACUCUCGCGACUUUCUAUUCUCGGAACCGCGCUCCGCCGCCCGCUCCCCAGCCGGCCAAUAAAUUCCCCAAGCUCCAUCGCACGCGCCACCUCCAAACCCUAGGCCUACCCAUUCCCGCCGCCAAGGCUCAGGCAACCGCCGCGGCCGCCAUGGUGAGCGGAGCCACUGACGCUAGCAUCGACCGCGUGCUGUGGACGGAAGCCGAGAUCGCCGCGCGGGUCGCCGAGGUCGCCUCGGAGCUCGCCGCCGACCUCCGCCCGCUCCCGGAGCCGGCCGUCAUCGUGGGCGUCGCCACGGGGGCCUUCCUCUUCCUGGCCGACCUGGUGCGGCGCGUCGACGUUCCGCUCUCCGUCGACUUCGUGCGCGCCGAGUCGUACGGCGAUGGCACCGAGUCCAGCGGCCGGCCCCGGGUCACGGCAGACCUCAAGGUCGACGUCGCCGGGAAGCAUGUCGUUGUGGUUGAAGAUAUCGUGGACACGGGGAAUACUCUUUCCUGUCUCAUUGCUCAUUUACAAAAGAAAGGAGCAUCAUCCAUAUCAGUUUGCACUUUCCUUGACAAACCAGCAAGAAGGACAGUCAAUUUUCAGCUUGUGGGGGAUGGAAAAUUUUAUAGAGGCUUCGAGUGCCCUGAUAGCUUUGUUGUUGGCUACGGUAUGGAUUACGCCGAGCUCUACCGUAACCUGCCUUAUGUUGGAGUUCUGAAGCCUGAGAUAUACAACAAGAAGACGCACGAUUAGACUUGGGAGGGCAGGCAAUACUUGCAACACAUGCAAGAACGCAACUUAUAAAGGAAUACAUUUAUCCUUGGGCAAAUGGUGCUUAAUUUUGUACAGGCAAGAAGUACAAAUUCGACUAGUUUACAUUUGUCCAAUUAGGCUGAGGAGAAGUUAUCUCCAACUCCAAACUAUAAACCGUAAAGAAACACUAUGUGGUUGUAUGACAUGGUAAUAGAAAAGCCUCCGAGAAUUCCUUAACAUUUCUUUUCAA